CAGAGAGUACACCACUUAAGACAAUAAGACAAUCACUGAUUGAGUCGACUCUUGUGCACAAACCAUACAUUUCACAGAAAAUGUGAUUUAUUUGAAUGCAUUGACACAAAGACAUCGACCACUACGACAAUGUCCGGAACUAUUCUCGAGAACCUCUCGAACAAGAAGUUGUCGAUUGUUUUAUCCAUUAUUCUUGUCAUUCAGUUAAUCUCGUUCUUCAUCGGCGCCUUCAUUGCGCCGGCACCUUCGAGUACAGAGCAGAUACUGGCCAUCAAAUGUUUGGCACAAAACCCCAACGAGUUGUCAAUACCUCGAGACGCUGUGACACCAAAUCAGGUGCAGCCGAAGAACUGCCUAAAGAUCGACGAAGACUCCAGUACUCAGAGUGGCAUAACAUUUGCCUAUCAAUUACCGCUUCCACGCGAAGGCUUUCAAUUGGAUUACAGCCGAUGGCAACAGAAUUUGCUGACAAUCCUUAUCCCAGAAGUCUUAUACGACUCACGAAUGGAGAGACACUCGAAGAUUGAUGUCGACGAACACAUCAACUCAACCGUUCAGAUGAGGAUCCGUUUAGCCGUUCGUAACAUUGGAGACAAGGAUUGGAAACUUUACGCACAAAAAGACAGUCUUAAGCGAACCAUCUCUUGUCAAAUAGACGCCAAUAAGCGAAUUCAUGGCUAUAAAUAUGACUGCGAUUUGAUACAACUUUUUGAAUUGCAAUCUCUUUAUUACGACUAUUACUUAAUUAACUUACAAUUCGUAUCAAACGAUUCUGUGAACUUUGGUUUCAUGAGUGACUUACUAUUAGUGGAAAUCCAUCAAAACGGAGGCUUCACUAAGAUAUGGCUUCUGAUGAAGACUUUGUUCACUUUGAUAACAUUACUGACACUGAUGUGGUUCACGAAACGACUACAACAACUGCAUCGGGAGACCACUCUAUUGGAGAAGACCCUGAUUGUGUUGGGCUGUGCCAUCACUCAACUCAAUAUUCCGUUGGAAUUCUUGAGCCUAUGGUUUGACAUCGAGUUCAUGUCAUUCCUGUGUGACCUGAGACAAGGCAUCUUCCAUUGCGCUCUCCUCUCAUUUUGGAUUAUAUUCAUUGGCGAACAUCUUCUGGAUGGCAUUCAUCGGUCGCGUCUGUCGUCGUAUUACAAGCAGUUGAGUGUUGUUCUCAUCGCUUAUAUCGCGCUUUUCAUCUUUGAUUUGAGCGAAAGAGGCAUUCAAUGGUUUGACCCGUUCUUCACUAUAUGGGAAGUGGACUCAAGAUUUGCUCUCAUAUUCAUCAUAACAGCCAGUAUUGCUUCGAUCGGAUACUUCAUGUUCUUAUGCUUUCAUAUUUGGCUUGCGUUUCGGAACAUAUCGUCUAAACAAUCGAGUCUACCGUCGAUGUCCUCAACCCGUCGUCUUUUAUAUCAAGGAAUCAUUUAUCGCUUCAAAUUCCUACUGUUGGCGACUCUCAUCUGUGCGGCCUCUACUGUCGUCGCCUAUAUUAUGGGACAGGUGACUGAAGACCAAUGGCAUUGGGAGGACUCAACGGACUCUUUCAUAGCACCGCUUCAGUGGACAAGUGCUAUGUUUACCACUGUUUAUGCCCUUUGGAACUGUUAUGUCAUUACACUUCUAAUACUAUACGCGCCCUCACAUAAAGAGCUCGGAACAAAUGUUGAUUCCAUGUCUGAAGAAAUUGAAUUCAAUCGACUCACAGAACACGACGAGAAUAACGAGAAGACCGAGAAUUUGAACGCAACGGGCGGUGACACCUCUCCGGCCAGUGAUAUGAGACUUUUGCAACAAUUGGCCACAAAGUCCAGUAUUGACUGAAUUGCUGACAUUGUAUUGCUUUUUAUUAUUUUUUAUCCAAUAUUUAAAGAAUCAUUUAUAUUGUGUUUUUAAGUGUCAAUUCUUUACAGCUAUUUAUGUCUUCC